AUGCAAGCCUUUCAGUACAUGGAGAAAGGCGGCGGCCUACAACUUCGAGAUCUACCGAUUCCUCAGCCUGGCCCCGGCUGGGUUCAGCUACAAGUCAAAGCCGCCGGUCUGUGCCAUUCAGACUGCCACAUAUUGAAGGGCAUCGAUGGGGUUGUUCAGCGGCCCAUUACUCUCGGCCACGAAGUUUCUGGGAUAAUUACAGCACUCGGCCCUGAUGUGAAAGAAUUCAAAACCGGCGAACGUGUUACCGUGGGGCUUUUCUCAUAUCCGAUCAAGCUUCGGGACUGGACAAUGGCUAUUGGUCUUGGAUUCGACGGUGGUUACGGAGAAUUCGUGCUGGCACCUGUGGCAAGAUUAGUCCACAUCCCGGAUAGCCUCCCAUUUUCUCAAGCUGCGGUGGCGACUGAUGCGAUGGCAACAUCCUACCAUGCUGUGGUAGUCGAAGCCGCUGCGAAGCCUGGUAUGACGAUCGGCGUGAUUGGUAUCGGUGGCCUUGGGAUGUCAGGUCUCGGCUUUGGAGUCCUCAAAGGAGCCAAAGUGUACGGCAUCGACAUAUCUGAGUCAAAGUUCAAAGAGGCAAAGAGACUCGGUGCUAGUGGGUGUUUCAAGAGCCUGGAAGAUGCUCAGGAUGUGGAGUUCGAUGCCAUCGUCGAUUUCGCCGGCACAGGGGCAACCACAAAGCAGGCCAUUCAAAGGGUGAGCGAAGGGGGCAAAGUCGUCGUCGUUGGACUGGCAGGUUCCGAGAUCACAAUCCCUAGCUAUGCUUUGAUUGGCCGUAGUGUAAGUCUGAUUGGAUCGUUUGGAGCGAGUGAACAGGACUUGAGAGAUGUCUUCGACCUUUUGGCAAACAAGUCGAUUGAGCCAGAGUUGACAGAGAUUCCUUUUGCGGAGAUUCCGGCAGGGCUUGAUGCCUUAGAUAGAGGCGAGACACAGGGAAGAUUGUGGUCAGAUCCGAGUAAGGCCAAGACAAGCUCAAGUAAACUAUAA